GAAGGAACCAGGUCUUAAUGCUUCGUUUUCAUUAUGAGUCCGAAAAGUCUACGAUAUUUUCAAAGUACGGUAGGCUCACAUUGGCGAGUGAUUCUGAAUACUGCGACCGUCCUACCAUACAAUCGGCUUGCAACCAUCCUACUAACUGCGCCCCUCCUGAGAUGGCUCUAUCGAUGUUUUGUUUAUCGCCUGAGCCUACAUCCCGCAAAUAGGCUCCCCGGACCGCCCACCGAAUGGAUCCCAUUUUCAGGCAAUUUGAAGGAGAUCGCGACAAACACAUUGCUUACUUGCUUACUUUCAUGGAGUAAGCAAUAUGGAGAUAUCUUUCGUUAUCGUAUUCUCGGAUACGAACCGCAUAUUGUAAUCACGGAUCCCAAACUAGUGAAGCAGAUUCUGGGGAAGAAGCAUGAUAUCUUUGUCAAGGCUUCGGAUGCGAGAACAGAGCUGGCAAGACGACUGGGUUAUGGCCUGAUUGUUGCAGAAGGAGACGUGCACCGACAGCAGCGGAAAAUGCUGAAUCCUGCUUUCUCUGUCCAAGCUAUGCGCCAAAUCUUCCCAUUGAUGGCACAGUCGAUCCUCGAGUUACGAAACAAGUGGUUGGGCAAAGUUGGUUCCGACAAAACCAUGACGAUCGAUGCUUUGGAAGCCUUCCAUUCCAUGACUUUAGAUGUCAUUGCACGUGCAGGGUUUGGUCAAGAUUUCCAAUGUGUAGAUGAUAAGAGAGGAGAUCGGUUUGUGCAAGCGUACGAGGCUCUCCACGUUUUGGAGCCACCAUGGUUAGUUCAGGUUUGUUUUCUUUACCCUUGGUUUCAUCACGUUCCGAUGAAGAACACCAAGAAGAUCAAACAUACACUGACAACUAUACAAGAAGAAACCAUGGCCAUGGUCGAAGAAGCAUUGCAGCGCAAGAAUGCCGGUGAUCAGCUCGACGGCGUAUUAGGUGAAAUGACCAAGGAAAUCAAUCACGACACCGGUCACGGAUUAUCAGCCAAAGAACUGCAAGCCCAAUGCCUGAACUUUUUACAUGCUGGGCACGAAACAAUGACCUCGGCAUUGUCAUGGGCGUUAUGGCUCCUUGCCAAGCAUCCGGAUAUUCAGCACGAUGUACGCAAGGAAAUCAGACAAGCGUUUGAAGUAACCCAAACUUCCACGAUCGAAGCAUCAGCUGGCGAAUCAAUGGAAGUCCCCUCGUACGACAUUAUUAUACAGUUACCAAUACUGAACAAUAUCUGUAAAGAAACACUUCGGCUAUAUCCUCCCGUCCCCGUCUCCAUUCGUACACCGACAGAGGAUACACUUGUAGGUGAACACUUGAUACCAAAGGAUACAUUCGUUUUGCUUGCUCCUAUGAUAACUCACCGCCAGCAAGAGUGGUGGGGCGAUGAUGCUGAUAUAUUUCGUCCUUCUCGUUGGAAUGAAGCGCCUGCAAACGCGAUUGAUCCCUACGUCUACAUGCCCUUCUUGGCCGGACCUCAUCUCUGUAUUGGCAAUCGGUUCGCAUGGGCAGAAAUGAAGAUUGCUUUAGCUAUUCUUCUGAAAGAUCUUCACUUUUCGGAAGUUCCAGGAUCUGAUCCGGGUAUGAAGCACCAAAUCGUUCUUUUCCCAAAACGCAUGCAAUUGUUAAUGCAAAAAUUAUAAAAUUUUGAAUACCAC